AUGUCUGCAUUUGAGACAAAUGCGACCACCACAAAAUACAACGUUAGCUUUGCUGGGAAAACCAUAGAAACAAUCGUCACAGACAAAGGUAGCGACAUAGACGAAUGGUUGCACCUAAUCCUUUCAUUAUAUGCUGGUGCACCCACUGUAGUAGGCUUAGACACCGAAUGGAGCCCCAGCAAAAAAGCUGCAACCCUGCAGCUUUGCAUAGAUGACAAGUGUCUAAUCGUUCAACUCAUUUACAUGGACAAUAUCCCCCGAUCGCUCAAGAGCUUUUUAAUGGACUCCAACUUCACUCUUGUGGGGAUUGAGGUUGCCCAGGAUAUAGCCAAGCUGAGGGAUGAGUAUAAGAUAGAAUGUGAGAAAAGUGCAGAUAUUGGCAAGGUGGCAAAGAGUCAGUGGCCAGGGCGGUUCCGUGGGCCUAGCUUGAAAGAACUUGCAUUGGAAGUAGUUGGUCUUUAUAUGAGGAAGCCUAAAGAUAUAUGCAUGAGUAAUUGGGGGGUGAGGAUGCUCAGUGAAGAGCAAAUUGAGUAUGCAGGCAUUGAUGCCUAUGCCUCUUUUAGGAUAGGCUGCAAGCUUCUAAUGGAAGAUCAAUAA